AUGAAGAGAAAGAUAUCUCUAAGGAUGAAGAGGUUGGAGGCGAAAAGAUUACCGUCGCGUCGGGUAAUGAUACUCGAGGCUGGAGGGGCGAGAGCGAGACAUAGCAGGGAUGUGGCUAUGAUGUUCCAUCGAACACGCCGCGAAGCCGCGUCGCAUGUUUGCCGACGAGCUGACGACCCGGAAAGGAUGUUGAUAGGAGGAGGGGGUGGUGGUCAAGAAGUUGAGAUGCGGGAUGAUAAGGUGGGAGAGGGACAGGGCGGGGCCAAGCCCGAUGUUAGUGUUCCCCCUUGCCGGCGAAUCGUCCGAAAGGCCGGAUCUUGA